UUUGUCUCACAACAUCCCCUGAUAUCAAAGUUGAUUGUCCCUGGCCAUAUGAACCAGCAGCUCCUAGCGUUGAAACCAUCCAAGCUGGGACACCCUCUGAAGCAGUAAUACAUAGUACAUCAUCAUCCUGUUGCUGCGCUUCAGUAGGAAUGUCCUGAGCCCCAUGACAUCCUGCUGCACAGGAUACGUUUUUCCUGGAGUUGUCUUUCGCAAGAAAUCGGAAAAUAUUGUUGCAAUGUUUGUUGUAAUGUUGCAACUUCGCCACUGGGUGGCGGUGUUAUCAGAUCAGCUGGGCAUGGUUGCUGUAAUGUUGCAGUCCCGCCACCAGGUGACGCUGUCGCAGUCCGUGGCGUAGUUGUCUGCCAUGGCAACCGGGACAGGGUGGCGCCUUGCAGAUCGUCUCUGCCCAGGCCACGCCCCAUUUCUGCUGCAUCACCAUGGGGAUGUGGGAAGGAACGCCCCCAUCGCCGCCACGCCCCGCCUCUGCUCGUUCCGGUGCGGCCGCGCAUGCCUUCCUCCUGCCCCCGGCCAGCACCCGCGCUGCCCCGAUCCCGUCCUGGUUCCGCCCCGCUCCGAUCCCCACCGGGGCUGGUCCCCCCCGGGCUCCGUGGCAACGCCUGCACUCGGCGCGAGUGUCCCCCACUCUGUCAGGGUCCCCGCUGCGUUCGCAAGACGAGAUAAAAUUUCUCCCGCUCCGUCUUCUGGGUUUGAUGUCAUCAACGCGCGCUCGCCGCAUUCCGCCGCUGCCGCGGCCGGUACCGCGCAUGCCGCGCGCAUGCCCGCGCGUCCCGCUCCACCCGGCCCGGUGCCGCUCGGCGCUCCCUCCGCAGCUGCCGCGUUCCGCCCGGGCGGCUGGCCGGCGCCCGCCGCCACGUUUUCAGAACUGGCAUGCGUGUGUGUGGAGACCUAAUGGGUGGUGAUACUUCCUGCACCCUUCUAACUGGUGUCAAGU